GGACACGCAGCACACAAAGACACACAGGCUCUUCGUGGGGGAGAGGGGAAAACACGGCCCGGUGCUGAAGAUGAAGCCGGCAGCGGAGGGAUAUUAGUUGCGUGGCCGCCGCGCCGCUUGGAAACUUUGUUGCAGCUGUAGUGGGGCUCCGGCAUUGGGAUCCCGACUUUCUCUCGGGGAGGUAUGAAAAUGAACCCAACUGAAUUCCGAGAAGAUAAUAAUAAUAAUAAUGAUGAUGACGAUAAAAAAGUGAAAGUAAAAGUGGAGGCAUGCCAUGAAGAUGAUUUGCUGGACUGUUCAGGUGCUGUAUCUGGAAGGAAGCAAGUGCCAGACUGCAUAUUUGUUGGGCAGCCUGAGCCCAACAAAAGAAAACAAACUUCUUUUAUUUGCGAUGGUCCAAACAGUGAGCCUGAAACUGUAACAACUGUAAAAAAAAGACGACUUAUUCCAGAGAGUCUUCUCUCAACCAUGAGAAACAAGGACUGUGGUUCCGCAUCUCAGGCUAAUGCAGAGUUGUCAAGUACAAAUUCAGAUUACAGUACUACGUCUCAGUGUGAAGGGGAUGAAACUGUAAGUGAAUUUGCUUCAUCAUACAAGAAGCCUUUAUAUGGAAUUUCACAUAAAAUAACAGAGAAAAAAAAUCCAGUUACCUCAGAUCUACUGGCCUCCUAUGAACUUUAUGACAAGGCAAACCAAGGCAGUCCUUCAAACUUACGUAUUUUCAGUGAUUUGCGUAAACGUGAGUCUUCUCCAGCUUUAAUGACAUCAUCACCCAGUGAGGAAUCAAACAUUUACUCUCUAAUUCAAAAAAUGUUUUUCACCCUGAACACUCUAAAUUCUAAUAUGUCCCAGUUGCAUAGCAAAGUUGACCUUUUGUCACUCGAGGUGAGUCGAAUAAAGAAAAAAGUCAGUCCCCAAGAGUUGGUGGCUGAGUUUCAGCCGCCCCCAGAGUACCAGCUAACUAGCACAGAGUUGAAGCAGGUGAUGGAUCAGAGUAGCUGUGCUGGCGAUUUGGCAUGCCGAUUAUUGGUUCAGCUUUUUCCCGAGCUUUUUGGAAGUGAUGGUUAUUCCAGAAACUGCAGCACUUGUGGUUAUAUCAACAAGACUAAACUUGAAUCUCUUCACCUGCAGCUUAUCCGAAAUUACGUUGAAGUCUGCUAUCCUUCUGUGAAAAACACAGGUAUCUGGCAGGUGGAGUGUUUGCCUCAGCUUAAUGACUUUUUCAAUCAGUUUUGGGCUCAGAGAGAGAUGGAAGUCACCCGCCAGAACAUGCAAUCUUCAAAUUUCUUUGAAACCCAAUCUGAUCCAAGUUCUCAUUUUAUUGAAAGUAAAGAACAAGAGGAAAAUUCUUCUCUGGAUAGAACUGAUUCUGUUAUCUCAGAAUAUGCUCUAAAUCCCCAAGAUCUCAAUGAGUUUUUAGAUGAAGCUUCUUCUCCUGGUGAGUUUGCUGUGUUUUUGCUUCAUCGCCUGUUUUCUGAAAUAUUUGACCAAAGAAAGCUUGCUGAUCAUUGUGCCAGAGAAACCGAGAAUUUUGUUUUAGAUCCCCAUCGGUUGCAACUUAUUCGUCGGUAUACAGAAAUUUAUUUUCCAGAUGUGCAAGAGGAAGAGGUUUGGUUGCAGCAGUGUGUGCAAAGGAUUAAUGAUGAGUUGGAAAGUGUCUUGAUAGAUGGCAGUGAAUGUGAUGAUAUGGGGGAUGAUUGUUAUGACUCCUCUAGCUUGCCGGAUGACUUGUCUAUUGUAAAAGUAGAGGAAGGCAUUGAUUCUGAAAAACCUGGAAGAAGGUCCAAAAAGAUAUGGCUUGUGCCAUUUGACUUUGACAAAAUUGACAUUCCACCACCUGACUUUGAAGUUCCAUUUCAACAAUUUCUUCUCAGCAAGGAACAACUUAAAAACAUAUAUGAGAGCAGCUUGUCUAUUGGAAAUUUUGCAUCACGGUUGUUAGUUCAUUUGUUUCCAGAACUCUUCACUCAUGAAAAUUUGAGGAAGCAGUAUAACUGUAGCGGUUCCCUUGGGAAGAAACAGCUUGAUCCCGUUCGUGUAAAACUUAUCAGACAUUAUGUACAAAUACUAUACCCAAGAGCAAAAAAUGAUCGAGUUUGGACACUAGAAUUCGUGGGCAAGUUGGAUGAAAGGUGUCGUCGUAGGGAUACUGAGCAGAGGCGCUCUUACCAGCAGCAGAGGAAGGUUUAUGUGCCUGUUCCGGAGAGAAGAGAAUUUGUACCUUUUGAGCUAAACCCAGAGAGAUUUAGGGAUCUGAUUGAUGGACCACCCUUACCUCCAGAGCGCAGCUCAAAAGACUUUUGUAAAAUACCUUUGGAUAAAAUUGCUGUCCCUUCACCUGAAUUUCCAGUGCCUUCAAUAUAUCUCCUGAAUGACAAAGAAAUCAGGGACAUAGUACAGCAGAGCCUCUCUGUUGGAAACUUUGCUGCCAGGCUGCUAGUGAGACUCUUUCCUGAGCUUUUUACCCCAGAAAAUCUUAGGCUGCAGUACAAUCACUCUGGUGCUUGCAACAAAAAGCAGCUUGAUCCUGUUAGACUUAGACUGAUCCGGCACUAUGUAGAGGCUGUUUACCCUGUGGACAAGAUGGAGGAAGUAUGGCAUUAUGAAUGUAUUCCAAGUAUCGAUGAAAGGUGUCGGAGGCCAAACAGAAAGAAAUGUGAUAUACUUAAAAAAGCUAAGAAAGCAAAAAAGAAUACCUGAUCAAACAUUAGUAAAUUAUUUGUGUUAUAGACAGGUAAAUAGUGUUACAUUUUUUUCUAGUUCCAUUCUCACAAAAAGUGUGUAUAUCGUAUAUAGAAAUGUGAGACUGACAGCAAAUUUGCACUCAUCUGGGAAAAUAUCCCAACUUAUUCACUGGUAAUGUUUAUUGCUGUAUCACUCGGACUUCCCGAGUGACUUUUUUUUUAAACCUUUAUAUUUUAAUGCACAAUUCUUUCACCAUUUCUUUGUUUUCUUUCCCUACCCAAGGAAAAAGGUCAUAAAAUAUUUUAUUUACUCCAGGUUGUUUUACGGUCCCCGCUGGUGCACACAUGAAGAGUUUCUUUAUAUUUUGUUUUAUAUUUUAGUUACAUACACUGUAAAAGCAGAUCUUGCCAGUCACAUGCUGUAUAACAUUUCACUUUGCCCCAGUGUCAUUCCAUGAAAAAUGCAUGGAAGUGACACAUGUGGUAGUAGGGUUUCCUCAUAUGCAAGAAAUGCUGUUUUAUUAAUCAACGUAUGAUCAGAGACUUGUGCAUCAAUAAAAACACAGUGAGAUAGAAGGUUUAUUUUAAUUUGAUGGCAUUCAAUGACAUCAACUCAGGGUGUUAAAUAUAAUUUUUUCCCUUGAAAAUUACCUUUCUUGUUAAAAUUAGUCAAAUAAGACUUACAAAAGCUUAUAGGGUUAUCCCUAAAGUGUAUGAAAAUGCUCUCCUCUGCCAUAGGUGUAUAGCAAUUUGGAUUAAUGUGACCACAUUGUGUGGAUCUUAUUCACUGUCCUGUGUAGCAAGUCCGUAUAAAAUAACUUGUAUGGGGACACCAAGCAAGUCACUGGAGCCUUUAUGUCAAAGCAGAUACUACCUCCUUAUUUUUAUGCAAAUAUUUCACCCAUGAACCUUUAGCACAAGAACCCUUAAGUAGACAGUGCGUUUUAUUUGGUUCAUAUUUAUGGGAAAGAACAGGGUUUAAUGAUUCUUUGUCUGCAAAUUUCAGAAAAACACCACAUUAGCAUUUGCAGGAAAUUAUGCCCUGUAAUGUUAUGUUUUCAUUUGUGCCUGACACCAGGCUAUCACAUUUGGUCAAUAUUGGUCAGAAAUUCCUCAUACAAAUAUAUCAUAUAAAACAGCCAUAUAUGAAAUGCUGUUUCAUGAAAAAUAUGUUUUACGGUGGUAUGUCCAUUGAUAAUCUCAUAUAGGAAAACCCACAUUUUAGGUCCCUCUGGCUUGUAUGCUCAAGUGAACUAGAGGGACUGUGCUCACACACAAAUUAAGGGCAUGCAUACAUGCUAGGUUAAAUUAGCCAAUGGAUGGGCAGGCAGAGCUGUUUUUUACUAUUAUGCUUCUUCCUGUUACAGAUAGAAACUGCAUUAUUUCCUAUCAGGUGAUCAGUGAAUGAUGUAGAACAUCAUACAAUCAUGGCUCAAUGUAAAAGAGAAUUAUUUAGUGAUGUGUACAUGCCAUUUUUUUACAUCUUUAAGAGGUCACUUACUAGGAUAUAAAUCUUUUGCUUAAGUGUUCAUUUUGAGUUAUGCCAUUACAUCGUACUAUUUAUUUUGAGGACAAAUAGCAUACCAUGUUCCAGUGCUGCUCUACCUAGUAGGUGACAUCAUAAAUUGUCCCCUUCAAAAUACAGCUUGAUUUUUUGAGGCGAAAAUCAAAUAAUGUAUGCACUUCCCAGGGCUGAACUGUGUAGCAGGUCUGGACUGGGAUUCAGAAUAGGCCCUGGCAUUUUAAAUACACAGAGGCACCAGCCCACUAAAUACUGACUAUCUGUGCCAUCUUACAGCAGUCUCUCUGGCAGUCUGGGCCUGCCCAGUGGUAAUGUGUUAACAUCAUUGACAGUGUUUUCUAGCACCAUUUAAAGCAGGGGUCCCCAACCGCCAGGCCGUGGACUGCUUGGCACUGGGCCAAGGAGCACAAUGCGUUGGCAAACAGAGAGUCGGAAAUGCAACACGCGGCACAUUUAAAGGCAUGAACGAAUGCACCGUAAGGAAGAAUGUGCGAACGAACGCGAUGCGUGCAUUAAGACGCACAUAAACGUAAGACUGCGCCUGCAAUUCGCACUGCGUUCAGCCCCCCC